AUGGCAGAGGUUGAUAAGCUCGAAGACGCGAUUCAAGCCGAACUUCCAUUUGAACAAGAAUACAAUAUCCAGAAGGCAGCAGCACCCUUAUACAAAAAUUCAGAUGUGUUUCGAUUGAAUAUUGUGAAAUCUUGCAGAGAAGUUUUUUACGGCCAAAGAUCCACAGCCAACUUUGUCAAGCUCGCGUCAGCAUUGAUUCUCGACAAGGAUGAUGAUUUCAAGCAGCAUCAGCUGCCCAUCAAGACAUAUUACUUAAACAGCAUCAAAUCAUACGAGAAUCUGUGGGACGAAAUAUUCGAGUUGAAGAAGGCAAAUGAGGACCGUCAAAAUGCACCAGACCCAGAAAACAUACGCAAAUACAAACUCUAUACAACUCGCCUUGUAAACAUAAUCAAAGGACUAGUGGACUCUGGAGCUAUCUCUAUCGGUGAAUGCAAGCAAAACUUUCACAGCGGUCUCUUGUUUGAGUGUGGAUAUGUGCCAAACCACAGAUUGUUUGAUCGUCGACUUGUGCGUCUAAACACUGCAUUACUAUACAAACAAGAUAAAUACAAUCUGUCAAGAGAAGCCAGCGAAGGCUAUGCCAGUCUGUUUAACGAUCUCACCACUGCAAGCAUCGAUAAUGAACGUGAUAUCAAGGGAAAGCUUGUUGCCACACCACUCGACAGAAUUCCACUGUUCUUAGAGAUCAUUACAGCACACAUGGGCGAAUUUCAUCUGGAUCCCAACCGUGUUCUCGACAUUAUUCUUGACUUUUUCAUCAGACAACUCAUGGUCAAUUACAACUUUUGGGUGGAGCUCAUCAAGCAAACAGAUUGGAUCGAAAAGACCAAGGAUGAGCAAGGCGACAUUACUUACAAGCCAAGCUCCAAUAUGGGUCAAUUGUUUGGAUUCAGAUUUUACAACUAUCAUAUGGAGAAAGUGGCAGCACCCAAAGAAUUGUACCUGUCCAUUGCGAUCCUAUUGAAAAACAACUUGCUCUUGCUGGGUGAUUUGAUACCUUAUCUUUAUCCAACCGAAGCCGAAAUGGAAGAAGCCAAAAAGCAAUACAAUGCCAACAUGAACAGAGAAAUCACUACAAAUUCUGGAGGUGCUUUAGCCCUUUAUGGUGCACUAGGAGAAGAGGGAGCAACACAAAAGAUGGGUCAGCGUCCAUCAUCGAGCGAAGACAGCAGCGAGAAUGAUGGCACAGAGGAAAUAAAAAAAAAAUAUUCUGCCAAUGAUGUCGUUGAGUUGACAAGAGCAUUGAUAUCCAUUGGCGAUCUCAAGAACGUGGAAACCAUCUGGGCUCAUUAUGAAAAGCUGUUUGAUUUGCAUCCCGAGCUGGCUCAUGAUAUCUAUCGCCUGUGCAAAGUGAUGCUGCAGCCUGCUUACGACGCCUUUGUCUCUGACAAGAUUAAGAAGCGCAUCAACAUCCUCAAGGAACGCGCACAGCAAUCACGCAUGAAAUCAGCACUCACGUCACUCGACAAUCUAAAUCCAAGCAUCCCAGAUACUAUUCCAACCAAACGGGUAUUGGUGUUGGACGCCUUACUGGAUGGCACCGAGGACCUGGUCAAAAAGGAGCGCUACGUGUUCUUCUACAAGGAGUGGCGUCAAGAUCUCCCUCAAUGCACGCAGGCUGAGCAUUUGACAAGCCGCUUUUUACCUUUAAUGCGUUUGGCUGGCUAUCGAACUUACUUGGCUACUGAUCUGCUUCAAACCUUGAAUUACAUUUUGCAGGGCAUUAUCGACAGCAAUGCCAAUGUACCCAAUGGCCGCUUGCACUGCACAAAUAUGCUACGUGAAAUUGUCUUGCCAUCCAUCUCAUUCAGUGAACACAAUCCUGGCACCAUUGCAGAUGCUUGGGAAGUUUUCUGCCGUCUCACAUUCCAAGAACGCUAUGCUCUCUAUGGCGAAUGGUUUAAUGAUUUCUACAAAAAGAAUGUUGAAACCAAGCUGCUCAAAGCCCACACUGAACGAGAAAUCAAGGACAUCAUGCGUCGUGUAGCCAAGAAUGAUGUGCGCCGUUCUGGCCGUGAUCUAGGCAAAUUAGCGCAUUCCAACCCUACUAUCGUGUUCAACAUUAUGUUGGACCAAAUUCAACAAAUGGACAACCUAGCUACACUGAUUCCGGAUGCCUGCCGCUAUCUUGGCGAUUGUGCUUAUGACGUGCUUGGCUAUGUGCUCACUGAAAAGUGGACUGGAUCCCAAGGUGCUGGUAAGAUGGUGAAGAAGAAGGAAAAGGACGACGGUAUGCCUGCUACCUGGUUGCGUUCGCUAGCUGUAUUUACUGGUAUGGUGUUCAAGAAGCAAAGCAUUGAUGUCACCCCUCUUUUGCGCUAUGUCGCUGCUCGUCUGCGCUACCCUGACUCUGUGCCUGAUCUCAUUCUACUCAACGAAUUUGUAACCAAAUUGGGUGGUAUUGAAAUCCUUGGUAGUGCUACCACAGACGACCAGGUCAUUGCUGCUGGCUGUGCUGACUCUGUCAAAUCCGAAGCCUUCUUAGCCGUGGAUGUCGAGAAUAGACGUGCUAACCGCCGUGUCUUGGAGCGUCUUAAGGAGUCUCUGCGUCGCAACAAUGUGGGCCUGGAAAUCCUCAUCCUGACCGUCUUUUUGGAGGAAUCGGUACUCAUCGAAAGAGGUGUCCCAGCCAGUGACAGAAGCGCAAGACUGGAUCGUGUGCACCAAGCCCAAUCGCAAUACUUCCAACUCUUUACAGAGCUGUUUGAAGGUGAGGAGUACGCUGCUCUAAUGCCAGAUGUCGAUGUGCUAGUCAAAGAUUACGGCCUUCCCAUGAACGUCGCACUGCGAUUCAAUCGACCCAAGAUGCAGCUCAAGAUCAAGAACAGCAUGGACGUGCCUGUCGUUGAGGGCCAAGUAUGGGAGCCUUUCCAAGCCCUGACGCAAGCUGUGCCAGAUCUGUUGAAUAACCCCUCCUGGAUGACCAUCUUCCCUGCUGAAUUCUACAUCAUCUUUUGGCAACUGAGCAACUACGAUAUUUUUUGCCCUGAAUCACAGUACGAAAACGCCAUGAAGAUCCAGAGUGAGAUUAUCCGUCAAUGCAAGGAUCCUCGAAGCCAGCUCUGUUUGACCAAUCGACCCAACACGGUGACCAAGAAGGAGCGACAGGCCGAGUCCACAUUAGAAGCCAUUAAGAAGGAUUUGCAGCAACACAAGGCUCAUGUCGCCAAGGUCAUGUCCGUACUGGAAGAGUCCAAGAAACGAUGGUUCCCUAAUCUCAAUCAGCGCACUGCUCAAAUUGCCAGCAUUUUGCAGCACUGCUUCUUGCCUCGCAGCCGACAAUCGGAAGUGGACGCUGCUUUCUGCUACGAAUUCACCAUGCUGAUGCAUCGACUCAACGUGCCUCAAUUCUCUAGUUUGACGCUUUUCGAUAAGCUGUUUUCUGACAUCACACCUUGUUUCAUUGCUUUCACUGAAUACGAGACCACCAUCUACGCUAGAUACAUCUUCAAGGCCUUCUCCAAGAUGCAAGCCUGGCACAAUGACGAAAAACUGUAUGUCAAAGAAGCGCAUGAUGUAGUGGGGUUCCAAAAGAACUGGAGUGCUGUACCAACACCUGUUGAAAAAGAAGACUUGCUCAGCUUUAACGAUUUCCAGCGUGUGCUCAACAGAUGGCACAUCAAAUGCACUGCUUCCAUUGCCCAAGCUCUGAAAUCUGGUGAACAGCAUGUCAUGAAGAACGCCUUUUUGGUGCUUCGUCAAUUCAUCCCUUGUUACCCUGCUGUUGUGGAUCAUGGCAAUAUUAUUGUCAGUAUCGUCACCAAGCUAGCAGAAGAAGAAUCGCGUGGCAAUCUCAAAGUGCUGGCUCGCAGUUACCUUGGUCUGAUCAAAAACUACAGAGAAAAGUGGGUCAGCAAGAAUAGGUUCCUGAACUUAGAAGAACCUGCACCGCCUGUAGAAAUCAGAAUUGCACCACCACCACCACCACCAAGCACCAGUUCACCCAGCUCAAGCGCUGCCAACAACACCAAUGCUGUUUCAUCUUCUAGUGAAAACAAGGACAAGAUUUCUAGUAAUAGCACCACAAGUACCAGUCGCCGCAAUGACACUGGUAACAGCAGCAGCAACAACAACACCAGUACAAGCAGAAGUGACGAUGCAAGCAGAAAGCGUGAUAGCACAGAUAGCAAGCAACCCACGUCCUCAUCUUCAAUGUCAAGAACCGACAGCCCUAGUCGACGCAGUGAUGACAAGUCUAGCAAACGCAACGAUUCAAGCGAAAGAAAACGCUCCAGAGAUAGAGAGCCUAGUAGCAGUGGCCGCUCUGACAAGGUGCCGCGUGUGGACGAGUUCAGCUCUGAUCGUCGCCAUCACCGUACACCCACAUCUUCCUCAUCCAGCAGACGUACUUCACCAAGAGAUACCAAAGACGCUAGUUCCAGCCGCAUGCACACGCCUUUACGUAGUAGCAACGAUCCUGUGCGAUCCAGAGAAGUGGCAAGAGACAGUGCCAGAGAGUCCAGUCGCAGUGGCGCAUCAACGCGUGAAAAUGGUGCUAGAGAAUCUUCCUCUCGUGAUGCUGCUCCUGCUGGCAAUAGCAGCAGUAGUGGUAGAGACGCAGAGCGUGAUGGUCGAAAAGAUCCCUCUGCCCCUGUGCCUCGUGGCCGUGGUGCAUCUUCCAUCAGCCAUUCCACAACACCCUCAUCCAACAGCCGUAUCGAUGAUCGCUUGAAUCGUCCCUCUUCAUCAAGAAAUCAAAAUGAAGUGAGCAACAACAGCAGUAGCAGUAGUUCGCGUCGUGAUGAUCGUACCACCAGUGUAAAUAACGGAGGCAGCAUUAACAGCAACAACGGCAGUAGUACGAGUGGUGGACGUACAGUGUCUGUUGGAUCCAAGCGACCCGCUGAAAGUGACAGAGACCGUGAGCGUGAUAAACGUAGAGACAUUCGAGAUGAUCGUGUGCGAGUGGAAAGACGUCCAGAUGACCGCAGCAGGGGAGGAGCAGAAGAUCGUAGAAGAGAAGAUCGCAGAGUGGAUGAUCGCAGAGUGGAUGAUCGCAGAGUGGAUGACCGCAGAGUGGAUGAUAGAAGAUUAGAUGACAGAAGAGUAGAUGAUAGAAGAGAACGUGAAAGACAUGAUCGUCGUAGAAGACAUUAA